AUGGAUCCGCCUACAGUCGAUGAAUCUCAGGGUCAGCGGCGUCCAUGGUGGCGAAACAAAUACGUGAUUUAUGACAUUGUCAUGAGCACACUCUUGAUAGUCUCGAAUACUGCAAUGUUUUGUUAUAUAAAACGCAAUAAGAUUCACAUAGCUGUUUCAAAGAAAUCCCAUAUGAUCGAGGUGUUCGUGGGUUUCUCUUGCGUAGCAUUCAUUGCUGGUGUAGCUUUGUGGGUCUCCGUCUUCUUGACGAACAAGCCCGAACAGCCCUUGGAAGGAUGCUUCAUGGCUGUUAGCCAUGUCUACGCCCUAAUUGUACUCAUCAUGUUCAUCUAUUCUGUCUCUCCCGUUUCUGUUCUCAUUUUUGGCAUACUUUCUGCGUUAUGGUUUGUAUCCUAUUUUCUUUACGCUAGUUGCCACUUGGGAAAGAUUUAA